AUGAGGGACAAGCACUUUAACCAAUAUUUUAGUCCCUUUAGUCAUCCACAGCACAUCCAGGUGGUUCCUGUGGACAAUAAACAUGGUGUGGAGGUGUGGUGUGGCUACAGGAAGGUUUCUAUUCGCAUAAAUACAGCAAAGAUUAGGGUUAAAGGUGCAGAUUCUGACUUCUACCUGGGGACGUGUCCCAUAUCUCGCUCCAUGGGAAGCUACCUCUACUUCCACUAUGACCUCAAUGACCGUGGUAGUUCAUUAAAGGCCAUUAAGCGCUUCAGAGCAUCUCAGUUUCUCCUCAGACAGUUGGACAUCAUCUAUUCCAACAGUGUUGAGUUCACGCCAGCAGGUUCGGAGGACGAGGAGGAGGUGAUCAGAGUAAUGCCGCUAACCCUGCCCAUCCAGUGUCUGUAUAACAGAUUUCACUAUUCUUAUAAAAUGGGCUAUGUUCCCCACGGUCCGUGGACAUUCCGGAGGACCCUGGGUGCCAAACACAGGUUCACUUUGUCCGUGUGUAACGAGAAAUGGGAGAUUCUCGCUGUAAAUGAAGGAGUUGGUCUCGGGGAACCGCUAUAUUUCGAAGCCGCUGCAGCUGACGUCUUGGCGGAGGACGAGAGGAUCUUCAUCAGUUCUUGUCAUAUGACUGCAUCCAAAGAUCCAAACUCCACCCCACGACAUGAUCUUAUCAGCAAUUCUGGAUGAAGUUCCUCCAGAAAUACACAGAAGAGCAGGAGGAGGUGGUUUUUCAGGGUGGAGUUGAGGAAAGCCUGAGCCCUGCAGAGGUGGACGAUGAGCAUGCAGUGCAGCAGGUUCUUACCUGGCCAGGACUAAACAUCACCCCGGUCAGAGAGGAGGAGGAGGAGGAGGAGGAGCGCAACAUUCAGGUGAAGUUCCUUCAGAAAGAC